CGAUAUUUUAACAGGCUCUAGUUGGACGUGGUUUUUCCCUCUUGGGAUGCAGCGCAAAAACUAAUAUAAAUUUGAUGCCUUCGUGAACGUGUAACACGAAACAGACAACACACGACACAGAAAGACGCAAAAUAACCCGUUUAUCUGAAACUCCAACCAAAGAAUCCGCAUGUGUAAGCAGUAAACCAGCAGAUAUAAAGGCGCCAAGGCCCCAUUGUUUGUGCAACAGCUUGUGUCGAGGAUCGAGUGGAUUGGAUUGGCCGCUUCAUAGUAUUAUUACAACUACACUCUCCGAUUUCCUGCCUAGAAAGAGCAACAACUGCGCAGCAAUAACAACAACAAUAACAACGACAAUGGCAACGGCGCGAAAUGCUGCUGAGCCAGCGGAAUUGGCUUUCUUGCUGAACAACGAGCUGAGCCUCAGCAAGGCGAACGACAACGACAGCGCCAAACCCAACAUGCCCACAAAUAGUCAAAGGAAAUUCCUUGGCCCAGCCGCAACCAGCAUCAAAAUGUACAGCAGCGCCAACAACAACAACAACAAAGACAAACAGUUCAAUGCCAUUUGCAUGAAGGCCCAAGCUGGCCAAAAGCUGAUGAUCAUCAUGCGCGGGCCACCGGGCAGCGGAAAAUCCAUGCUGGCCGAAUCUCUACUGCGCCAAAGCCAUCUGCUAGAGCACAACGAUAUGCAGGACUUUGUCUAUAGCACAGAUGAUUACUUCAAGUCCAGGCGUGGCUAUGAGUUUAAUCCAGCUGUGCUGCCGACCGCCCAUGAGUGGAACAAGGACAGGGUACGCCAAAAGGCCGCUUUGGGCUGGAGUCCCAUCAUAGUCGACAACACCAACAUAAUGGUGUGGGAAAUGCAGCCCUAUGUCCAGAUUGCCGUACAGCAUGGCUACGUACUGGAGCUGUUGGAGCCGCAAACAAGUUGGUCAAAGUCGGCCAGCAAGCUGGCACAAAAGAACAUCCAUCAGGUGCCUAGGGAGACCAUUCAGCGCAUGCUGGAGCGCUAUGAGAAGACGAGUGUGCCGGAAUUAAUCAAGUUGCUGAAGGAAACCAAAUACACAGCAAAGUUGCCACAGCUACGGCAAUACCCGCCACUGCCGGCGGUGCCCACGCCAGCCACACUGCCAGAGAACGACAAUCCCGAUGGGCUAUCGCCAAACGGUUUCAAGCUGAAUGUCAAUGCCCGCACUUGGGUGCCCUACGAGCAGGGUGCGCCCGCCUACUGGUCGCGAUCGGACGGUGAUCAGGCCAGAGCCAGAGCCUCCAGACUAGACCCAGCUGCUGUUGGAACUGACUCGUACGAGAAAUCGCUUAUAGAGCUGCUACGCGAUGAGCCGGCCGAAAAAGCCCCACCGCAGGCUGGCUCCAGUCAACCAAUGAAAACUUUCGAGCGUCACUGCCUGAAUUGUCCCAACGAGCCCUCAAAUUUCGUGUUGCUGCGUCAAAUGUACCCGAACAAGCUGCUCACAGGGCUCUGGGAUCUCUAUGUGAAGUGCAAAACGAAUGUGGACUGGGCCGUGGACAUUCUAAUCAAAGAGGAUGAGCUGAAUGCCGCGUCGGGAUCGGACUUUGAUGCGUCCAUGCUGCCAGAGGAGUCGGCACAGUUCCAAUGCGACUGUGGCAGAGCUGUGAAAAAGGAGGAGGCACCACCGCCGCCACGUUCACCAUCGCCAACGGGAUUGGUGGCCAAGUCCAUGCCCAAGACCCAACGCCAGAGCCGUAAUAAACGCACCUCGGCGCCGCCCAAUAAGGAGCUGCAGCUGCAAGUUGAGAACUGCUUUGUACUCGGUGAUGAACAAUAUUCGGAGCACACGCGAAAGAUACGCGACAUUCGCAAUGGCAUACUCGAUCAGCCGUUGAUUGUUCAGCCCUCGGAAGUCGUCGAAGCGACGGAGGAGGAGGAGGAUCCCGAGGAAAAUAAUCUGGAGGAAAUGGACCUGGGAGCCACACUGAUCAAGCAACUACGCACUCUGUUCCAUACGGACGGUGAGAUGAUGCCGCCAGAAGAGGAAUUGCCCGCCACCAAAGUGUUUGUGCCACGGCAACUGCUGAAGCAGCUGUACAUGCUGUGGCUGGAGGGCGUCUACAACCAGCUGGAGGAGCAGCGUCAGAAAACGCUGCGCGACGAUGAACAAUUCGCCCGCCUACUGAAGCACCCCGAAUACGCCGAGUGCAGUGAGUCCCCGAGCAAUGUGAAUGAACUGCUCGACAUGGAGCUCGCCUGGAGCAUUUACAAUAGCGAGCAACAGGCCGCCAAGCAGGCGUCAGAGAUGGCCGCCCGUCAGCAGCCGAACGACAUUGCCACCCAUUUGACCAAAAUGAAGCUGUGCGAGAAGUUUCCGAAUAUACCCAACGACACGGUGCUCGAGAUAUUCUCGGCCACUGGCAGCAACUAUGGCAAAACCGUGGAGGUGCUCGACAGCAAUGUUCAAAGCUCUCUCAACGAGGCGGAACUCUAUGAUAAGGCGCUGCGCGAGAGCGAGAAGGUCGCUCUGCAGGAGCAACAGCAACAGCAAAAGUUACAGCAAACCAUCAAAGUCAGCGAGAAUGCGGCAGGCCAAAGCCAGCGUUGCGGUUCGUCAGCGUCGUCGAGCAGCCGCUCGCCGCAGCUGCACGAGGAGGCAAAGUGCGCUGCUCUGCGUGACUUUGAGGAGACCCGCAAUCUGGCCGCCCAUCAUGCCCAGCUAAAGGCCGAAUGCUAUCUGAAGGCCAACCAGGCCGUGCAGAAGGGCAACGGGAACGUGGCGCUGUACUACUCGCAGAUAGCCAAUCUGCACAAGACAAAGAUCGAUGUGUUCAACCAUCGGGCCGCCACCUGCAUCAUGGAAGUGCACAAGCACACCCAGAACAAUCCAGAUCUGCUGGACCUCCACUAUCUGCACACUGUGGAGGCCAUUAGCUGUCUAGAUCUCUUCCUCGAUCGCCACAUAACCAAGCUGCGCAAGAGUACGCGCGUGUACAAGCAUGUGUUCAUCAUAACAGGACGGGGACUGCACAGCGCCAAUGGAGUGUCCACCAUCAAGAACAAGGUCAAGUCCAGAUUGGGCGAGCGACGUUUACGCUGGCAGGAGGUCAAUCCGGGACUGUUGCGUGUAAAGGUGUUUUCUGCAUCGCGACACUCGGAGAACUUCUGAUCGACAGCCAUCAAUGGUAAAGGUCGGAAGACGGGCAGCAGCAGCUAAUCGGUUUCUGUAAUUACCCUUUGUAUUGAUUCUUACAAAAUUCAUAGUUAGCCCAUUUUGCUCGCUGUGUUUUUAUAUUUUUUUAUUUUAAGCAAGAGACAUUCCUCCCAUUUCGUUUUGUAUUCCUAUCAUCGAAGUUUUGUGUGAAACACGCGAAUCGGGCUAAAUGAAGUCGGUAAACAGGU